AUGCCUGAGCAUAAGUCUUUUGCAGAAAAUUAUCGACUUUAUGCCCGAAGCCAUUUUGUGAAGGCAAUUGAACUUGGUGUUAUCUUAGUUUUGUAUGCUUCGUAUAGCCCCCUCGCUAAGGAUUCAUUUGUUUACAUAGCUAUGACCAUUUCAAGUUGGUUCCUUGUGGUGUCAUGGAUAAUGUCCCCUUUUGUGUUCAACCCAUCUGGGUUUGACUGGCUGAAGACGGUGUAUGAUUUUGAUGAUUUUAUGAAUUGGAUAUGGUGUAAAGGUGGCGCACUUGCAGAAGCCAAUAAGAGCUGGGAGAUAUGGUGGUAUGAGGAACAAGACCAUUUGAGAACAACAGGCCUUUGGGGAAAGCUACUAGAGAUCAUUUUGGACCUUCGUUUCUUCUUCUUCCAGUAUGGUAUCGUGUAUCAGUUGGCAUAUUCUCAAGACAAAUAUGCCGCAAAACAGCACAUCUACUAUCGGGUAGUUCAGCUUGUAAUCGUUAUACAAUGGAGCAAUAGAGUUCCUGGUAAAUGA